GGCUACUAAGAGGGACCUUCUUAGUGUUGUCGUGGCCUUUUCAGUCUUCUCGAUUCUAAAGCGUCGUUGCGGUAGGAGUUCAUUCACAGAGCCGUCCUCUCCGAUCAAGUUUUAUUCUACAAGGCUCCAGAAACCCUCAAGACAAAAUGCCUGGACCUGCAGCAAGUGCAUCAAACGUGGGUGCCUCCGGCCGCUCCCCUAGUAAGUCAGUGGCCCCUCGUGCGGCUGGCUCAACGGUCAGACAGAGAAAAGCCACUGGCAGUGGCACGAGGUCUGCAGGCAGAGCUACAGCAUCAGCAGGAACGGGUGGCAUGUGGCGCUUCUACACUGAGGACUCGCCAGGACUUAAAGUUGGGCCAGUGCCAGUACUGGUAAUGAGUCUGCUCUUCAUCGCAUCGGUCUUCAUGCUGCACAUAUGGGGAAAGUACACCCGCUCCUAAAUUUCAUCGACCUUUGAUCUUGGACCCCCAAACUCAUCAGCGAUUUUGACUUAAGCCAUUGGACUCGGACCAAACUCUGAUCAUCCUCACACUGAACCAUUUUCAUUUAUUUUAAAGCGCCCAUUUCAGGGUUUCACUCCCACCCUCCAUUGUCUGGCUCAACAAAGGAUUCCUGCCCACUACAACUUUCAUUUAUUCUCUCAAUUUUUUUUUUUGUUUCAUCAGAUCUGGAGCAGCACGUGUAUGUAUUAUUUUUUGCUAACCUUUGUACAAACGAUUAUGUAAAAUUGUACAAUAAAACAUCACAAAAUA